AUUAUCUCCGCCUAUUGAGGACUGUCUGGUAGCAACGAGACGUCAGUUACUUGACUAUAUCUUCGAGACGCCCGAGAAGUCAAGAUGAAGCUCCUCUUUCUCUUCUUCUUGUUGAGGGUAUCCCCGAGUCAACAGGUGUGCGCUCCGGAUUGUACAGGUGUUGAUUCGGUAGCAAUGGUGCCGGAUCCGACGGACUUCACCAAGUACUACACCUGCCUCGACACUGACCAGUCUGGCAACCUAUCACCUUCCGGCGACGCCGUGAAGUGUCCUACAGACGAGUACUUCAACGCCGCCAGUCUCAAGUGCGACCCCCUCCUCAGCGCCGAUCCGGGCACUCUCCGAACCUGCGACCCGUGCCAAGUGGACUGCACCGGCCCGCUCCCGGUCGCCCCGCACCCGACCAACUGCAGCCUGUACUACGAAUGCCACCCGGACGGACGAACCACCCAGCACCGGUGUUCCAGGGACUCCUUCUUCAACUACCACACAGGGUCGUGCACCGAGGACUGGAGUCAGUGUUACAGCUACUGCGAUCCCGAGGAACCUCACUGCACGCGUCUGAACCAGACGAUCCCGCACCCUUCGGACAGCAGUGUAUUCUUUCUCUGUACUUCAGAAGGCCCUGUUCGACGCCAGUGCCCGGGUCAUAUGGCUUUUCAGAAAGACAGUAAUGAAUGUAAGAGCUAUCCUUCCGGUGGACAAAAUGCUAGCUGGAAAUAUGGUGCAAAUGACAAUUUCUUAUUCAUUUUAGUAAUCUUUUUCUUCUGCCUUUGGUAAAAUGGAUGAUAAAAGCAAAUGAUUUGAAUUGACAAAAUCCAUUUUCUAAAAAUUGGAAAUCUUAAAUUACAAACCUAUAUUGGAAUUAAAUUUAUAUCAUGAUGUGUAUUUCAUGUUGAAAAUAAAAUUGGAAUAUAA